GUUCCCGACCACGGGAUAUUUUGCGCGGUUUUUUGUCACGUGACCCGGACCAGUUCAAACUGGUUACCAUCCCUUCCUAACCUUCACGUUGGAAGCACGAAACAGAGUUCCCCGAAUUCAUUCACCAUGGCACAAGAGAUCGCGGCCGCUAACAAUAGAGAAAUUGCAAAAUUCAAGCUUGUACUUGUCGGAGAUGGUGGCACAGGAAAGACGACCUUCGUAAAACGCCAUGUGACAGGAGAAUUCGAAAAGAAAUAUAUUGCAACUCUUGGUGUAGAAGUGCAUCCAGUUAAAUUCAACACCAACAGAGGGGAAAUUCUGUUCAACGUGUGGGACACCGCAGGGCAGGAGAAGUUUGGGGGGCUCCGAGAUGGCUACUAUAUCCAGGGUCAGUGUGCUAUUAUAAUGUUUGAUGUCACGUCGCGAGUAACCUACAAGAAUGUCCCCAACUGGCACCGUGACCUGGUGCGCGUGUGUGAGAACAUCCCCAUCGUUCUCUGCGGCAACAAGGUGGACAUCAAGGACCGCAAAGUCAAGGCCAAGUCCAUCACCUUCCACAGGAAGAAGAACCUGCAGUACUACGACAUCAGUGCGAAAAGCAACUACAACUUUGAGAAGCCGUUCCUGUGGCUGGCAAGAAAGCUGGCGGGGGACCCCAACCUGGAGUUUGUGGAGAUGCCUGCCCUGCAGCCACCAGAAGUACAAAUGGACCCACUACUGGCCUCUCAGUACGAACAGGACCUCAAGCAAGCACAGGAGACAGCUCUACCAGAUGAGGACGACGACUUGUAAAUACAGAAAAAAAAAGUACAAACUUCAUGUCCAGAGGAAUACUCCCCUCCUUCCAGCCGUUUUCGAUUUUCCCCCUAAAAGGACGCUAGAGUAUAAUGCUCAUAUCUUAAGAAGAGAAACCUCUAAUAUCACAUGGUAGAUGCCAUGGCCAUGUUUGGUAUACAUAUACGUAGUUUCUAAACUGAGACAAGGAUGACUAUUUUCAAUUACGUCUUAACUUCAGGUUUCGAUUCAUCAGUAAGAAGUAUAAGAGUUUAGAGCUGGAGUUUAAUAAGAUGGAAUGUCUAAAAAAAGCUGUUACAAACAGCAUGUAUUUGACUAGCGUAAUCAUAUGUGAUAGUAUCACUACGAGAUUUAAUGUAUUUCUCUGAAAGCUUCACUAUUUAGUAUGUUAACAAACCCCUGUGCAGCUGAGAUUUCAGGUAUACCGUAGUUGUGUAAGUUUUUUUUUUCUAUAAACGUUUUCCAGCAGAGAUAGCUUCAUGAUACUAAACAUGAUGCAAAACUUUUGGGAGGGUUGUUUCCAUGGAUAUGUGAUGUGUAUGUUUGAUGUGAAUGAGCUGUCAGUAUGCUGAAGAUCAUUUCCUGUGUGUGGAUGAGAGCAAGGCUUACUACAUGUAGAUGGCCAGACAUAUUACAAAUAUAAUAGCAUUCCCAUAGCUUCAGUUUCUGUCCUGUGUAUGACCACACUAUUUGUAUUGGUUUUGACUUCAAAAAGGUGACCACCUAAAGCUGAAUAAACUAUUGUAUUGCA